AGGCAAGCAGACAGAAAAAAAAAGAAGGGGGACAGACACAAGGACAAACAGAGACAAUUAGGAGGCAGAGACGGAUGGGGACGCUGCUGAAGCAAGGAUGAAUGAGCAGGAAGAGAGCGCAGGAAUAAUGAAGAGGUGGUUGCACCAUCUGCUGCCCGGGAGAGAAACAUGUUAGCCUUUCAGACAAGAGCAGGGAGGCAGCCAGCGAUCUGCAGUGAGAUACCAACAACCCCUCCUGAAUGACAGACACAAUGGAGAGCCUGCAGCUAAAAGGGAGGAGACUUUCAAUGGAGAGAUCCACGCUGCUCUGAAGGGUCCCACAGUAAUUACAAGCAGCAGCAUCUUUGUUUUGCUCUCAGUGGAAAUCACUUUGAGGACAGGUACGGUGCAGCUGGUAUGUUUUAGUUUGACUAAUUACUUAAUCAUCUUGAGAGCUUUGGUAAAGAAUCAAGGUGGCGCCCCGUAUAAUGCACACUCCAGCCUCCAUGGUGAUGGGGAUUGUCUUCGCCCCUUUGGGACUGGUGCUCGUCUUCACUGCCGCCAUCACCCCUCAGUGGAGAGAAGGACAGGCAAGUCUGGGCAUGGCAGUGUCGGGGUCGCUCCUUCGGUCGGGAGUGAAAGGUCAGGGCACAGGGGUCAGGUCUGGGUCGGUGGAGUCGCUGCUCUUACUGCGCUCCGACGGACUUUGGGAGAGCUGCCUCCAGGUGGAGCACUCGGAGCUGAAGCAGUGCUGGCCCGUGGCAGGUCCUUAUCAGAGAGACCCGAGGGUUCGCCUGGCACAAGGUUUGAUCCUGACCUCGUUGUUCCUGUGCGGCACUGGCAUCGUUCUAGCGUGCAUCGGGGUGCGGUGUUGGACGGAUAUACCUCUGAGAGGUGUAGCAGCCACAGGUGGACUCCUGGUGAUGAUUGGCGGGCUGCUGAGCCUGACUGCCCUCGGGGUGUACACACACAACCUUGCAAGACUGGGGUUGGCAGAUCCGAGUCAGGGGAUCAAUAACCCCAGGUUCCCUCAGCUGACCCUGCGUGCAGCCGGCUCGCUCUACUUUGGGUGGCUGGGAUCAUGUUUACAGGUGCUGGGAGGAGGUGCUCUGCUGUUGAGCUUCAAACGACCAAGAUACCCGACGUGCCCUUCCUGCCCUCAUCUGCCUGUCUGCCCUGCAUAUCCUUCAUGCCCAGAGAUCACCAACAAGCCAGACACUGAUGUGUAUGAAGUCAGCUGUUAGAAUGUGACACUUAAAAUCCUUAAAGGAACAGUUCAACCCAAAAUCUUCAAUAUAUUUUCUCUUACCUGUAGUGCCAUUUAUCAGUCUAGAUUGUUUUAGUGUGAGUUGCUAAGUGUUGGAGAUAUCAGCCGUAGAGAUAUCUGCCUUCUCUCCAAUAUAAUUAAAAUCAAUUUCACUUGGUUUGUAGUGCUCAAAGGACCAAAAAAAAAAUUAGGGCUGUCAAGAUUAACGCGUUAUUAACGAGUUUUAUGACAUGCGAUUAAUACAUGUACGCUCUGUAAUUAUGACCCUCGGGCCACCCUGUAGUUUGGGAAAUCAGGAAGUGAUGCAGCAGUAACGUUGUGGAUGGCAAGCAGAAACAAACCUCCGUGAGCAGAUAUGGAUAAAGAGGUUUUUUUUAAAUGGCAAGUUCAGCUUCAAAGCUUCAAAUGGUUCUUUCAGCAAGACCAAAGUUAUUUGCAUGUACAGUCGAUACGAACUAAGUUACUGCAGGAGUACAUUGAGGUGCUUAAAGAAAACAGGCAAUGUUUAGUUAAGCUCUACAAGUGUUAAGUCGGACACUACAUUGUGUUAGUAUUACUAUGAAAUGUUACAUUCAGGUCAGUACAUCCAUCUGUUGUUGCGUGUUGGGCUUGAGUUUGCCAUGGUGGCCCGGUCUCACUCCAAAGUCGUCGAAAUCCGGCGCUUGAGCAGUGACUUGCAGCAUCAGACACGGACUCAAAAACCUGUCCUUUAGCAUCCUUUGCAUCAGAAACCAACGAAAA